CGCUUGUCUUCGCCCUCUGUUCUCCAUUGCAUGAUUUCCUUUUGUGGACGUCAUUUUUCACUCCUGACAAUUGCCCAAUGCGCUGGAUUGCUGUGCAUAGUAUCUUCGUCAUGUCGAUUUGCACAUUCAGAAUUUGCUCAGACGUUUAAUAAUGCUUGCAACUUGGUGGAUGCUACAAUCAUCCUAGCCUUCGUGGUCGUAGCAGGGUGGGUGCUUGUGAUUCUUGCUUGCUUAUUGACAUUGGCACGUUCGCCUUUACAUGCUUCUACCAUUUUCACCAUUGAAAAUCCGUCGUCCUUCCGAACCCUCAGUAGAAUUCGAUCAGGAAACUAUACAAAGCCAUUUUCCAACGCCAUUACACCAGCUCCCAUUUCAAAAAUCACCAAUAUUUCCGCACCAAUUCUGAAAGAAAUGCCGGCAUCCCUUCCUACCAUUCAAGAUACCUCGGUGAUAUCCAAACCCACCGAUCUUUGUAUAGCUGAUGAAAUCGAUUAUCGAUGUCCAUCAUAUGCUUCUUCGCAGCUUCGAAAUUCGUAUCCAUCGAUUCUAGAGGCCAUUCCAUUGGAUCUGCCCACUAUCCAAGUGGGCAUGUCACAGUUGGAUGUAUCAUUCAUGUUUUACGACGAUCGUAAUUCCUUUUCGUCGACAAAACCUUGAGAUAUCCAGUCAACUCUUUCAUUUUUAGCUUCUUCCUUCUCACAUUCAUAACUGGCAUUUAUUGUCAAAUAGCGUUUUCUUUUAUUUGUUAUCCUCACCUGGUGCCCCUUUCUAUACUAGUUUCCCUUUUUGUUUUCAUAAGAUGUUUGUUUUAUGCUGUGGCCAACAGAAAAAAUUUGCAAAAAUAUUAUUGUCCAUAUAGUAGAGUUAUAACAUAGCCUUUUUCCUCCUCGUCGAUCUCCCUUUUUUUUCAAUUCAACCAACAAACCAUUCACUCCUCAAUUGAAUAAAUGGUGCUCUCUUCCUAUUUUUCAAUGACAUAGGAUCCAAGAUUUUCACCAUUUCAACCCGAUUAU